AUGGGACGAACAAAACAAGACAAGACAAAUAAACAAGAUGAACAGGACCCAAAACAAGGCAAAAAGGAUGAAAAGGUAGAAGAACAUGAAGAGGUUUCAAAUAAUGAUCUUAAAGCUCUUUUUAUGAAGCUUAUUGGUAAACAAGAAAACUCUGUGAAUGAAAACCUGAAAACUGUGGGAGAGAAUGUAGAUAAAGUGGAAGAGUCGCUAUCAAAACUGAAGAAAGACUUUACAGACAUAGAGAGAGCUUUGGAAGACCAAGAUUUCAGGAUCUCAGACCUAGAAACGUUGAAGACUGAACGGGUAGAUCCUCAGGAACAGAAAAUUACAGAACUGGAGGCUCGUGUCAAACAGUUACAGGAUUAUGUGGCACAACAAGAAAACCGCUCAAGGAAGUACAACUCAUUGUUAUAUGGCAUCCCGAAGUCUGAUCAAGAAAACACUUCCGAGACUGUUCUUGAGUGCUUGAGACACAACUUGAAAAUCCCAGAAGAAGAUAUCAAGGCCAUUGUAAUCCAAAAUUCACACAGAAUUCCAAAAAAUCCGUUAAAUAUCUACAAGCCAGAUGCACCAGAGGCAAUUAUAGUGAAGUUUGUGAGAAUGACUGACCGCAGUCUUAUUCUUCAUCAGGCAAGAACGGCAACGCUUCCAAAAGGCAUGGCAAUUCGCUCAGAUCUCGCAAAUCCUUUGAAGGAAAAGCGUAGUGAACUAGCGCAAAGAGCAUACAGAAUGAGGAGCCAAGAUAAUCUGAAAACCCGCAUUAUAGAAACGAAGGAUGAUGUUCUUCUUCAAUUUCGUGCAAAGGGAGAAGAGGAGUGGAACAUCUAUAAGCUUUAA